GCAGGCUCUGGAAACGUCACGCUCCUCUUGAUCAUAUGAUCAGGGAUUGGAAAAGCUUCGGCCGUCUGCCAAGUUUUUUCUUGAUCCUCCUCCUUCGAAAAUGAAGGGUUGUUUGUUCAAUAUCGAUGGAGGCUACUUGGAGGGUUUGUGCCGCGGUUUUAAGUGCGGCAUUCUCCGACACGCAGACUACCUAAAUUUAGUUCAGUGUGAAACUUUGGAAGAUCUCAAGCUUCACUUGCAAGGAACAGACUAUGGUAGCUUCCUAGCCAACGAACCCAGCCCUCUUUCUGUGUCUGUCAUUGAUGACAAGCUCCGUGAGAAGCUUGUUUUGGAAUUCCAGCAUCUGCGCAAUCAUGCUGUGGAGCCCCUGUCUACUUUCCUUGACUUCAUCACGUACAGCUACAUGAUUGACAAUAUCAUUCUCUUGAUAACUGGAACUUUGCAUCAAAGACCCAUCAAUGAACUUAUUCCCAAAUGCCAUCCUUUGGGAAGCUUCGAGCAGAUGGAGGCUAUUCAUGUAGCAGCAACUCCUGCUGAAUUGUACAACGCUGUGCUUGUUGACACGCCUUUGGCUCCAUUCUUUGUGGACUGCAUCAGUGAGCAGGAUUUGGAUGAAAUGAACAUUGAGAUCAUCCGUAACACACUCUACAAGGCCUAUCUUGAAGCAUUUUAUACUUUCUGCAAGGAGUUGGGUGGCACUACUGCUGAUGUCAUGUGUGAAAUCCUAGCUUUUGAGGCUGAUCGCCGUGCCAUUAUUAUUACAAUCAACUCCUUUGGUACGGAACUGACAAAAGAUGAUCGUGCCAAGCUCUAUCCCCGUUGUGGCAACCUUCACCCCGAUGGUCUGGCUGCUCUUGCUCGCGCUGAUGACUAUGAACAAGUGAAGGCCAUCGCUGAAUACUAUGCUGAAUACCGUGCUCUCUUUGAUGGUGCUGGUAACAACCCAGGAGAAAAGACCCUUGAGGACAAAUUCUUUGAACAUGAGGUUCGUCUGAAUGUUAAUGCUUUCCUGCAACAAUUCCACUUUGGAGUGUUUUACUCCUAUCUGAAACUGAAAGAGCAAGAGUGCAGGAACAUUGUUUGGAUUUCUGAGUGUGUGGCUCAAAGGCACCGUGCCAAGAUUGACAACUACAUUCCUAUCUUGUAAACGUUGGUCCCAACCGAAACUUCCAAUUCUACCAUUCUGCAACUCUAAUUAUAUAUAAUGCAUCGUGCAUGUGCACUUACAAAUUCAAUGGUAAUGGCCCAAGCUGGAUUUGGAUAUCAUGAUUUAGAUGAGAAAUUAAUAAUUCUGUGUUGCAUAAUGUAUGUUAUGGGUGUGAAUUUAAAAUGUGGAUGCUUGAAUGCUCCAAAGCACAGAUUUAUUUUGUGAAUUCUUCAUUCUUCUUCUGAAUGGAAGGAUUUUAUCAAUAGUAAAUGAGAGUUGUUAGAUUAAAAGACCCUGGGCUUAUGGCUUUGUAUGCAUAAAUCGCAGCUUUCUCUAAGUGUGCUGUGUAUUUUUCUGCAUCAGCGCUUUCAUCAUUUACUUUGCCAUUUUUACAUACGUACAUGUUUGGAGUACUUCCAUUUAUCUAAGAAAUUAAGCCAUAAAGUCUUUUCUUUUUUUAAAGCAAGUAUAUGUUUUUUCUUCUUUUUUUUUGUUUUGCCUUUGAGAGACGUAUUGAAGUUACCACAAACUGCUAAAACUGCUUUUAGUGAAAUGUUUUAUCGAAAUGAGUUUCAUAUCAUGAAAUAGCUAUUGGAGUGUGAAUUAAAAUUUACCUAUUGGAUUGUUGAAUUUAUGGUUUGUUAUUAAUGGUGUUUCUGUGUAUAGUAGUAAAAGCAUUUUAUUGAUAAUUGCAAAAUUUGUGAGCAAACUUUGCUAUUUAUUCUGAAACAAAUUGUUAACUUGUAAAGCACAACAUCUCUUAAAACAAAGACAUGUCACUCUUGUACUUACUAUUUCAGGCUUCUUAGUCUCAAAGUCACAGAGAGCUGUUGAUUAUUGUUUUGGUAUUGUAAAUAAUGGACCUCUCCUGUUAGUACUUUCAAUGGACUUGUUCUUUUUUUAUAAUUUCUGUAAAUAUGUGUUUGUACAUUUGCCGGUGACAGCAGACAACAGAAGACUUCAGAAUUCAUGGAUCAUCAGUCUUUUUCAUUGUAAUCGUUCAGCCUAAAUGUGUGAUCACUGUGUAUUAAUUGUACAUUCCAGUAUUCAUGUAGUAAACAUUGUGUUUGAAGACGUU